UGGGAAGGGCCGGAAAUCCCAGUUGGCCCAGUGGGAGCGGGGCUGUGGAGCUGGGAGAGAUGCGGGGCAAGGACGAUGAGUACGAUUAUCUCUUCAAAGUUGUGCUCAUCGGGGACUCGGGGGUGGGCAAGAGCAACCUGCUGUCCCGCUUCACCCGCAACGAGUUCAACCUGGAGAGCAAGAGCACCAUCGGGGUGGAGUUUGCCACCAGGAGCAUCCAGGUGGACAACAAGACAGUGAAGGCUCAGAUCUGGGACACGGCCGGGCAGGAGCGUUACCGCGCCAUCACCUCCGCGUACUACCGAGGGGCAGUGGGGGCCCUGCUGGUCUAUGACAUUGCCAAGUACCUGACGUACGAGAACGCCGAGCGCUGGCUCAAGGAGCUGCAGGACCACGCCGAUGCCAACAUUGUCAUCAUGCUGGUGGGCAACAAGAGUGACCUGAGGCACCUGAGGGCCGUGCCCACCGACGAGGCCAGGAGCUUUGCAGAGAAGCAUGGGCUGUCCUUCCUUGAGACAUCCGCUCUGGAUUCCACCAACGUGGAGACGGCUUUCCACAACAUCCUCUCCGAGAUCUACCACAUCGUGUCGCAGAGGCAGAUCACAGGACAGCCAGAGUCCGAGUUUGGACCCUCCACCUCCAUCGAGCCCAUCCAGGUGCUGCCCACGCAGCAGGAGGCCAGGCAGGCACCGUGCUGCCAGAACAUCUGAGCCCCUGGGCUGCCCCCACCGUGCCCCCCAGCUCCUGGUGGCAUCCCCAGCCUGCAGCUCUGGGCAGGGCAGUGAGCUCUGCCUGCUGCUUGUGCACCAUCCCCCUGCUCUUGUGCUGCUCUGCCCGUGUUUGUGUAGGACCGACAAAAACAGGGGGGAGGCAAAGCAGGAGGGUGUCCCCCCUCUCCCCAUGCCAUCCCCUGUGUCCCUGCUCCCUUCAGCCCUGCAGGCACACUCACUGGGUGGCACUGAGCAAGUCUGAACGCGCUGAGUCCCUGUUUGGUGACACCCUGGGUGUGGAGGGGACACUGGGUGCCUCCUUCUCCUGCCUGCUGAGGCCAGCAGUGAUGUGUCCUGUGGUGCCCAGCCCUGUCCCUUCAUCCCUGAGAGCUGGGAGUGCCUCUGGGGCCAUCCAGGGAGGGCUGUGGGGGUGCCUCUGUGUUUCUGUGUGACCCCAGCCAAGGGAAAAGCUGUGACUCCCCCAUGGAAAGAGAUGGGAGCAUGGGCUGGGGGGCUCUGGGGAGCCCCUAGGAGGGGACAGCAGGGAUUUGGGGUGAGGGCAGGGAUGAUGUGCACAUGGUCCCUCUGCACAGAACCCUGUGGGGCAGCCAGGAUCAGCACUGGGGACCCCCUCGAGGUCCCCCCUGGCAUAGUUUGGCCCUGCCCUGCUCCAGCGUUUGGCCACUGUGGCUGGGGACAUGCCACCACUGCAUGGGGAGCCUGCUGAGCAGGGUGACAGUGGCAUUGCCCCCUGCCUGGGGGACAGCAGCCACCCCCAGGGUACUGGGACAGACCCUGCUGAGCCCCGUGCUGCUGUCAGGGUGAUUGGCAGGUGUCAAUCAAAGGGGUGAAGGUGGGAAGGCCAGCCCCAUUGAUCAGUACUGGGAAUGUGGCCCCUGUCUGUGGGGUUUUGGGGGAUCUUUCUCUCCACCGCUGCCCCCAGUGUCUGCAUCUCACUUGGCCGUGCCAGUAGGAUCCAGGCCGUGGCUCCCCCUUGGGGCAUGAAUUGUCAAUGAAACAGAAAUUGAGGCAAAAUCCCCAAAUAAAGCUGCUGUUGGAGCCUUU